UUCUUCUUUCUGGGGUAUUAACAGGUCGCAUCGCAUAGUUCCGUACUCGUCUGCAUGUUUUCUUUCUUUUCUCUCUUUUUUAAUCGUAAAAAGCAAAAAAAGGAAACUCUUCUCAAAUUUCUUUCUAAAAAUUUGUAAAAAUUCUCACCUCUUAAUUUUCCCGAGAAAAUUGUAGUCCAAAAUUUUCCCAAUCCAUUUUUUCAGAUUUCUGAUCAAUCACAGCCUUUGGAUCUGACUUAUCCGACAUGGCCGAUCCAUAUUUUCUAGACCGACCGCCCCCUGCCGGCUACAACCAAACCAGAUCACUUCCAAUUUCAAACAAUAACUAUAACUACAAUCUCGAAAAUAUAGCCGCCGCCGCCGGUAACAACCACGGCGGUCUCUUGCGCACGCCGCCGCGGUUCUUCUCGGCUCCGUCAAUAAUCCACGGCCACCAAUUUCACCCCUUCAUCCAACUCCAACCACCGCCUCUCCUUCCGCCGCCGAUUCUACGGCCGCACCGCUCUCUCCCUUCUCAACCGGCCCGGUCCCACUCCCUCAACCCCAAGAAAUCCAAAUCCGCUAAGAGAUCAGAGAAAAGUUUUUCGCCGGCCGUGGUUGAUCGGCGGGCUGCUUCUAGAACCUCCUCGACGGCGGCGGCGGCGAAGAGGGUCGUUAAAGUCGAGGAAUUGGAUCUGUCGGGGUGUUUGUUUGCGCUUUCUCCGCCGCCCAGCAGCUUGCCGCUGCCCAAGUUUUGUUUGAGGCCGGCGAAGCUCAAUUGCAAUGUGGAGGCCGCCGGAGUCGACGACGGCGCCACCACGGCGGACGAUCUCCGGCGGCUUCUGCGCCUCCGUUGAAGCCGUAUUCGUGUGCAUUGAAUCCGCUGGGGGAUUAAGGUAUCAGCCAGAAAAGGGGUUUCUUCAUGCGUUAUUUUUUUUCUGUCAUGGGGAACUCUAAUCUUAAGUAAUCGUAUAAAAUAUUUCUUAUUUCACGGUGUGAUUUUUUUUUCCUUUUCUGUUUUCCAAUCUGUAUUUUUGAAUUGGAAGUAUGGGUAAUUAAAUUCGUGAACUUUGUUAUUUGAUAAUGAUUUUAUUUUAUCAUUUAAAUUAUGCUUAUUGUUUA